GAAAGAGUAGUUAAAAUUAUUUCCGACAAAAUCCAAAAGAAAGCAUUUAUAUACUCCAAACCGAACCUUCUCUUUCAUUUCCCUCACUUCUCAAACACAAACACUUUCUCUCUCCACCACCUUCUCUCUCUAAACACUCAUUUCCCUUUCACUUAUCAUUGCAACUCCAUACUUUCCGAUGGGCUUCCCAGUAGGUUACGCCGAAGUACUCUUCCCAAACCUAUUACUCCACACUCUAACCCUCCUCGGCCUCCUCCGCAACCUCGUCUUCCACCUCUUUCACUUCCUCGGCCUCUUCGAAUUCCUCGAAACCGACGCCAUCUGGCCCCACACCAACGCAGAAACCUCUCUCACGCAUGAACCUACCAAACCCCCCUCCGUCUCAGCAUCCCUAAUCAGAGACCUCUUACCGGAGACAAAGUACGGCGACCUCGCCGGCAUCGAAGAAGGCUGUUCCUGCGCGGUUUGUCUGUUGGAAUUCUCUACGGAAGAAGAGAUCCGGUGUUUGAGAAACUGUAUACAUAUAUUUCAUCGAAACUGUGUGGACCGUUGGAUUGAUCUUGAUCAGAAAAGUUGUCCUCUUUGUAGAAGAGCUUUUGUGCCUGAUGAGAUGAUGGAGGAUUAUAAUCAACGGCUUUGGGAGGCUUCUGGUGUUACUGAACUUUAUAGUUAUGCAGACUACACUUCUUCUUUUUAACUUUUUUUUUUGUUAGGUUUAUUGAAUUAUGAAGAUGAAAAUAUGAAAUGUAUAUAAGUAAUAAAAAAAAGAAAAGAAAAGAAAGAAAAAGCAAAUUUUGCACGACCUCAUAGUACAGUGUUACUUUUUUUUUUUUUUUUGAUAAUGAUGUUGCUGUUGGAUGAUGUUCAUCCAUCCCCACCAGUAGUGUCUUGUCUAUUACUAAAUUAUUUGUGCAGGUUAUAAUAAUUUGCAGAUCAUUUGUUAAUGGCAACAAUAGCUAAUCCAUGGUUGGUUUAGAUUUUAGUUUUGUACUUAAAUAUAUAACUUUGAUCCUUCUCUUCUUUAUCUUUUAUAUAUUAAAUUUGGAUUCCUUAUAAAAAAAAUCGGAUUUUGGUCACUUGAUUCA